UAACCAAAAUAAAAAUUAUGAUAGUUAAGUUUUUAUGUGUAAUGUUAAAUAUGAUAAUACAUUAUUGUAAAAAACGUAGUCAAACUUGACCAAAAAUGAUUUAACUAUAGCCACUUUAUAAACCUAAAACAUCGUUGCUUUCUAAACUUACCCGCUUUAGACAAACCUGAAAUUGGCUAGGUUUCGGAUGCGAUGUAUGCAACCUAGACAGACAUAGGACGUGGCCAAAUUCAAGAUAAAAAUCCAGAGAAAGAGCUUUUUGCCUUAUUUUCUUAUGUGUAAGAUUUUAGACCCAAGAAAACCCACUUUAGCCUUGGUAAGCCUUCAAACAAAACCUAGAGUCAACUUGAUUCAAAUUAAGCCAAAAAAACACGAUUUUUUAAUGCUAUUCCGAGCCACUGUCACACCUAAAAAUAAUUAAAAAAAAUUCUAAAAAUAGACGCUGACCUAUUUUCCACUGCAUUCAAAACCUCCAUUUCCAAUCAAAAAACGAAAAUAAUCCUCUCACUUCCGACAAUCUUUUUCCUCAAAACUAACCGAUAAACACGACCUUGCCCCAAAAAUAAUCAAACUGAGAUUUCAUUACGAAACAAGUGUGUGUCAUGUGUACAAUCCUCGCUAUUUUUUUGAUUUUUUCCCCGAAUUUUGUCCAUUGCUACCAACAAUGGGCAACCAUCUACGAUAAAAUCACACAAGAGGAAGAGUUCUCCGGAUAUAAAACCAUGAUAAGAAACAAUAAAGCAUCGUCUUUGAAUUUGUUAUACAGUGGUGUCACUGUUUUCGUGCCGACGAAUGACGCAAUUCAAACAUUCAACGGGUUUUUUCGCGAUGGGGUGGUACUGUACCAUAUGGGUACUCAGCCGUACACUUUUAAACAAUUAAGGUUGAAUAACUCGAUCCAAAGUGCCCAUGGGGACAAUCCACCGCUAUGGGUAAGUGUGACCCCAGAUGGGUACUACAUUAACAACGCCAAAAUUUUGGAAAACCGCUCCAACUACAUGGCAAAAUGUAAAAGGAACGAGAAUUUGAAUCAGGUACUACACGUGAUUGACCGGGUACUAGACCCCAUGACACACAUGGCAAACCCAUCAGCUUUCGAUUUCUUACAACACUACAACCAAUGGGAUUUGGGACCGCUCAAAAGUUUUAAUUUCUGGACCAGAGUUCAGUACCAUGACAAGUCGGAGUUGUACCAAAAACCCGGUGGUCACACUUUUUUCAUCCCUGUUGAUGACAAAAUGGACGACUAUCGUCUACAAAGUAUUGACAGUUAUGUGAUUGAAGCACACGUGAUACCCAACAUGGUACUCUUCACGAGACCCACAGCCAAAAAUUUUAUUUUUGAAAGUGCCUCCAAUGGCGACUAUAUCUACAUAGUACUAUCAAUGACGUCACGAAAUGACCGGUACUACAUCAAAAGCUUCACAGUUUUGGGUGAUAGUGACCACAAAAGGGGCGAAGUGUUCGCCGAAAUUAUCAAAAGUGAUAUUCCAGUGACCAAUGGUGUUGUCCACUUGAUUUCCAAACCUUUGGCUGUUUUUGACCGCCAACUCCAAUUUUUUCCUUACUUACCAGUCAUCCACAAAGUGACCUCUGACCCUAAUUUGGACUUUACGUACAAUUUAGGCUCCAAAAACAGGAUUAACAAAAUCCUGAAACAGGAAAGAGGGAUGUACACCUAUUUCGCCCCCAAAAAUAGAGCGUGGAGGAACUACACAGGGUACUCACAUAAUGAACUCGUCGACAUUCUCACCCGGCAUUUAAUCGUAGCUGAAGUCCGCUACACCAUGCCCAAAUUGGUCGCCUUAUCCAAAAGUACCAAUGGUAGUACCAUUCUGGAAACAUUAGGUGGUACCCUCAAACUCCAAAUCGAUUAUUUCGACGAUUACUACCACCUAAAAUGGGGCACGAAAUGGGUUAGAGUCUCCCGCCCCGACUACAAAUGCACCAACGGAGUUGUCCACAUCGUAGAUGACGUUUUUGCCACCCCAAAAUUAGCAAAACCGAACCAAACGCCCAAAAGCGGUUUUUGGAGGACAUUGAAAGACACGUUCACGUGAUUACCCUUUGAAAUAUUGACUCGUGCGCCAAAAAUUUGGCAGUUGGACUCGAUAUUCGCCCGAUUUAGUGCCCGGUGAUAUUUCUUAGGAAAAGUUUUUUUGAUUCGGUGAUAAUUCAUUGUGAGUUUUGGACCUUGGAAGAGGGCCAAAGGAUGGAGUUUGAGUGAAUUUGUGUUUUGGAUGACCUUGGAAUCGGCGAGUCAAUAUUUAAAGAGUCGAAUUAUUUUUAAGAAGUGAUUCGAAUUUAUGACAAUGUGUGACAAGUAGAUACAGGGUGAAUAUGAAGUAUGGAACCAUGCGGUUUUAUUUUUAAUCAUUUGCCUCUAGAAAAUUAUAAUUAAUACGAAUUAAAGUAAUAUAAAAAAAUGU